AUGGCUGAAGAGAAGAAGGCCGUCGACGUCGACGCGCACGUGACCGAUUCAGGGAGCGAAGAAGCGGCCGCCCCCAGCUCGAUUAUCAAGGAGACGCCUCAGAAAAAAUGGACCUCAUAUUUAUGGGAUACGUUCGAUAAGUCCCCCGAGGAGCGCAGGUUUCUGUUCAAACUUGAUGCCGCCAUCUUGACGUUUGCAUCGCUCGGCUAUUUCAUCAAAUAUCUGGAUCAGACGAAUAUUAAUAAUGCUUUCGUGUCUGGGAUGAAAGAGGAUUUGAAUCUCUAUGGAGACCAACUCAACUAUAUGACAACCGCGUGGACAGUGGGAUAUGUUAUUGGAGAGAUACCCAGCAAUAUUCUUCUGACGCGGAUUCGGCCCUCGAUAUGGAUCCCUGCUUGCGAGCUCAUAUGGACCGUCCUUACCAUGUGCUUGUCUCGCUGCAAUACCGCGAGCCAGAUCUAUGCCCUGCGUUUCUUCGUUGGAUUAGCGGAAAGCGGUUUCUACCCUGGAAUGCAGUAUGUGAUCGGGUCCUGGUACAGGAAGGAUGAAUUGGCCAAGAGAUCUUGCAUUUUCCACACCAGUAGUGGCCUGGGAACCAUGUUUUCCGGCUACUUGAUGGCUGCUGUGUAUCAUCUAGAGGGAAAGGGCGGUCUUCGCGGCUGGCAAUGGCUCUUCAUCAUUGAUGGAGUGAUUUCGCUUCCGGUUGCAUUGGCCGGCUUCUUUGUGCUUCCAGAUGUCCCUGAAAUAUCAAGAGUCUGGUACUUGUCCGAACAGGAACGGGAAUUCGGCAAAAAGAGAAUGGAGCUCGAGGGCCGAGAGCAGAGAAAGCCAUACACAGUGGCCAAGAUAAAAAAGAUCAUGACUUCAUGGCAUAUAUACCUUUUGAGUCUAGUAUACAUAUGUUUCAACAAUGGAGCAGCGGCUGCACCCAUCUUCGCUCAAUUCUUGAAGGAUUCAAAACAUCCCAAGUACUCCGUUAGUCAAAUCAACGCAUAUCCUACUGGGACAUCUGCAGUGCAAGUUGUAUCUACACUCGUAUAUGCCUGGGUCUCGGACGCCGUCUUGAAUGGUCGGCGCUGGCCUCCAAUUGUCUUUGGCGCGAUUAUCAACAUAAUUUGCUACGUUUCACUCGCAGUAUGGGACAUCCCCAAUGGCUGGAAAUGGGCCUGCUACUACAUCUGCGGUUGUGGGUACGGCCUCUCAGGCUUGAUCAUGGCCUGGGGGCAUGAAAUAUGCAAUGAUGAUAACGAAGAAAGAGCAAUUGUGAUUGCCAGCAUGAACGAGAUGGCCUAUGUCGUGCAAGCCUGGCUUCCACUCAUCGUCUGGCAGCAGGUUGAUGCACCACAGUACCAGAAAGGUUUCAUUACUGUAUCCUGCCUCUCUGUGGUAUUGAUCAUAAGCACGUUUGCUGUUCGAUUUUUGUGGAAGAGGGAAAAGCUAAGGUAUGUCGCGAGAUAUCGUGAUUAG